AUAGCACCAAACGUUGAUCAAGGUGAAGCAGAUGAUGCCAUAAGACCAAACGCUUAUCAAGGUGAAGCGGCUGGUGCCAUAGCACCAGACGUUGAUCAGGAUGAAGCAGAUGAUUCCAGAACACCAAACGCUUAUCAAGGUGAAGCGGAUGAUGUCAUAGCACCAAACGUUGAUCAGGGUGAAGCAGAUGAUGCCAGAACACGAAACACUUAUCAAGGUGAAACGGAAGAUGUCAUAACACCAAAAGCUGAUCAGGAUGAAGCGGUUGAUACCAAUUUUCCAAAAGCUGAAGAGAGUGGAACAACUGAAGCUAAGGCCACAGCGGAAGACGAAGAUUUUACUCAAGUCACAAGUGUUGUUGAUAAAGGAGGACAAGAUACUGCUGAUAUUUCUAGUGCAGUUUCGGAACAACAAAACGAACUUGAUAUUUCUAGUCCAGUUUCGGAACAACAAAACGAACCUGAUAUUUCUAUUGCAGUUUUGGAACGACAAAAGGAACCUGAGCCUGUGCCUGACUCUGACCCUGAGUUUGAGCAUGAACCUGAGCCUCAUACUGAAAAGUUGGAAGAUAAGGUAGAGGACGUAAAAUCUGAUCAUAUUCCUCAACAUGAUGAUGGAGAUAAGGAGAAUCAAAUCCAAGAGGAAAUCAUUGUUGGUGAUGAUCCCCAGCAGGAAAAGACUCAUUGUAAGGAUAGGGAGGCGACAACCGAACAUGGAGGAGAGCAUGAUGCAACCGAAGAGGUGGGUGCUACUAAAGAAAUUGAAGAAGAAAAAGAACAACCUGAAAGCAGGAGGGAGGAUGAUAAUGAAGGAAGUCUGCGGCAGAAGCUUGAAUCCAGUAAAGAAGAAACGGUACAAGAAUUAGAUACAGUGCAAAAAACAGAGCCUGAGGCAGAAACAGAGGCGGUGGUAAAGGCAGAGGCAAAGACAAUGGUAAAGGCAGAGCCAAAGACAGAGGUAAAGGCAGAGACAAAGACAGUAGUAAAAGCAGAGACAAAGACAGAGGUAAAGGCAAAGCCAAAGACAACAAACCUCGUCGUCAAGAGCCAUGUACAAGGAAAGAAGGUAUCUACAACACCGUACAAUAAUAUGAUCGAGGAAACAGCCACUAAGCUAGUACAACAGAGGAGGAACAAAGUUCUCGCACUGGCUGGGGCAUUUCAGAAUGUCAUAGAUAAGAAACUUCUAACGUCAAAUCAACAUGAUUUUUGUCCAAAAUCUGUAGUGAUAUAUGAUCAAAUCAUUUCCCGAGAUUCAUUCAAUUGUGAUCAACCCUUCGCAUACCAUAGCUUAUAG